GGCGGGGCGAUUGUCUCACUGUUUCCAGCAACAAUUCUUCAAAUGAUCUGCUACUUGGCGUAGCUAUUAGUUCUGGUCUAGUUGGUUCUGCUAUGGUAUUGGUCUACUUGGCCCUGCUAUUGGUUCUGGUUAAGAGGUUGUUCUGGGGCAGAGCUUCUGGAUCAUAUUUAGAGCAUUCGAUAACAGAUCUAUUAAAAGGGCAUAUUCCUCCUCUACGCAAGCCCCAUGUCAGUAAAGCUGGAUCUGUCUCUUUCCAAAUUGUGCUCACAAGUGCCGAAAAAUCUUUCUUUGGCAUUUUAACACCCACAUGUUUUCUUUGGUACUCCGCUAAUUUUAAAUCCCACCGUGACUUAAGACUCUUAAAGUCUGCUAGGUCCCUGGGUGACAUUAGGUGGCUGGAGUGUGGAGGUUAUCGGGAAAAUACGACAAACAACCAGCUGUCCUGACAUCUCAACCCUUUUACUGGUCGCGGAACGAGCUUAUCUAGGCCUCACCUUUGCGACAAACUGAGCUCAAACAUUGCUCAAUGAGAAUGUGCUACAUGUUUAAUUUCACAAAACCCAAGUUUGUCUUUAAUGUACCAUAAUCCUUAAUGGAAUACCAACCGACACGUUUUAAUUUCGUGUAACCCGGUAGAAGAAAAAAUUAUUUCUUUUUAUUAGUUAUAAGAAAUGAUCCUCCUCGGCAGGUUCUUCACAGCCCAAGGAGACAUGUGAAUGACAGGCAAAAAUGUUCAAACAUGUAGUGCAAUUUGUAACAGGUAACUGAUUGCGAAUGGAAUGAAAGGUAUCACACAAACCUCUUUGAUUUUUAUUGAAAAUUCGUUACCUUCGCAACGCACAUUACCUUUUUUCAGUCUAAAGAACCAGUUGUGGUGUGGGAUUAUUUUGUAUGAGGAGCCUAAUGAACCUUCAAGUUAUUUUAUUCGUAUUUUCGUCUCUUUUCUUACCUCUUAUUGCUCUCCACCCAAAGAGAAGCUUCAGAUAUAUAACUACUUUCAUCCUUCGCAUUUACAUUUGCAACAAAUUAUUAUUGUUCUUUUAAGAGUUCGAAGAACCACAUUUCCUAUCUGCAGUCUGUUGGUUAUUUUCUUUAUUACUUGGACUGAGUCGGAGUAAAGGUGAAGAGCACAUUCUCACAAUACAAAAACCUGCAGUUUUGUUCAUAUAAUACAAUGUAAAAAGAAAUCUAUACCGUAUACGGAUGAAAAGGAACAAUCUAAUUCGUGAGUUCAUUGAUCAAAAAUGUGGUGUUGGCAUUUUUGAUUCAAUUAUUGACCACCAAAGAUAGGGAGUGUACGCAAUAAGACAAGGUGGCAACUAACUACAGCAUAAGUUUCACAAGUAACGAGAGUUUCCAGGAAAGUUUUCUAAAAACCACUUUGCUAUCUCUUAUCUCUUUGCCCUUUUCAGUUGAUCAAUGAUUUUAUAGUGUUGAUCCUAUUCUCAUCAAAUCCAC